AUGAGUGACAACACCAAGGCCAAGCCUAGCCCCACCGGCGGUUUCAAAGGUAGUGACUUGCCUCCUUUGGUGACUAAUAGGCCUCCUCGUGUGCUGAUUGCUGGUGCCGGCUUGGCUGGUCUCUUCCUUGGCAUCCUCCUUGAGAAGGCCGGUAUCCCCUACGAGAUUUUUGAGCGAUCUGCCCAGAUCAGACAUCUUGGUGCCAUUAUGUGUUUGUCACCCAACAUCCUCCCGGCGUUCGAGCAGCUCGGCUUGUUGGACGAACUUUUGUCGUUCUCCAAGCCCUCGUUUGGCGGAGUAAUGUUGACUGAUGAGCUGAAACCCAUUGGCAAAACUGUCGCCAAUGCUAAUUACUCUGAUUUCAUUGGGUAUGAUCACGUCCUCUUUGCUCGUCCCGAGCUACAUGACAUGUUGUUCAAUAAAAUUCCCAAGGAAAAGCUCCACAUGUCCAAGAAAUUGUUGUCAUUCCAACAAAACCAGGAGGGAGUCAUGCUCCGGUUUAGUGACAACACAACUAUCCACGGCGACAUCCUUGUUGGCGCCGACGGGGCUCACAGCGCCGUUCGUCAGCACUUGUACAUAACCCUAGAGAAAGAAGGCCUUCUCCCCAAGUCUGAUACCAAGGCUAUGAGCAAGGGGUAUAUUUCUCUUGUAGGAACGACCAACGCCCUCGACCCGGCCAUGUAUCCUGGCCUCUUGAACGAAGAAUCCGAGGCAUUUUAUAUAAUCGGAGACAAAGACACGCCCUACACUUGGGUUACUUUCACCAUUCCUGGCUACAGAAUCUGCUGGAAUGUCAUUAUUCAGCUAGACAUCGCCGAGAUUGCAAAUGAGCAAUUCAGGUCUUCCGAUUGGGUUCCUCAGCAGAACCAGAAAACGAUGGAUGAAAUCCGUCACUUCAAAACCCCCUAUGGCACCAUGGGUGAUUUGUUCGAUGCUACCGAUGUUGAACGCGUUUCCAAGGUCUAUUUCGAAGAUAUGCUAUUCGAGACAUGGAACCACGGUCGUACCAUCUUGAUUGGCGAUGGUAUGCGUAACACUCUCGGCGCCGGUGCCGUCAACGCCAUGCAAGACGCCGUCCUUCUUGCAAACCAUCUUUACGACAUCUUCCCCACCAGCUUUGAGAAUAUUAAAGCCGCCUUGACCGAGUACAAAGAAGAGCGAUUCGAUGCAAUCAAGGAUCAAUACCCACAGUCCCAUAUAAACGCCAAACUAAUCUAUGGACAUACUUUUUAUGAGCGAGUACUGAGACACGUUGUGUUCAACUGGGUCCCCAAGUCGCUACAGCUCAAGCAAUUGCUUAAGGGUACGGGCUACCGCCCCCAGGCUAACUUUUUACCUCAGGCGCCAAAGCGUGGCACAAUGGAUGUCAUUCCUCAGAGACCUUCGAAGCGCAUCGAGAAGGAGAAGAAGGAGGCAGCGAAGAAAGAGUUAGCUGCUACAGCUCUGUAG